ACUUCUUUCUCUUUUCUUCUCAUUCUCUUAAAACAAAAACAAAAAAAAAUGGAGAAAGUUGAAAGUUCAAAAUUUAAUAGAAUUUGUGUGUUUUGUGGUAGCAGUUCUGGGAAAAAAACUAGUUAUCAAGAAGCUGCUAUUGAUUUAGGCAAAGAACUGGUGGAGAGGAGGAUUGAUUUAGUGUAUGGAGGCGGAAGUGUGGGGUUGAUGGGACUUGUUUCUCAGGCUGUUCAUGAUGGCGGUCGCCAUGUUCUAGGAGUGAUUCCGAAGACACUCAUGCCUAGAGAGUUAACUGGAGAAACUAUUGGAGAAUUGAGAGCAGUGUCUGGUAUGCAUCAAAGGAAAGCUGAAAUGGCCCGUCAAGCUGACGCCUUCAUCGCCCUCCCCGGUGGCUAUGGUACUCUUGAAGAACUUCUCGAAGUCAUCACAUGGGCUCAGCUUGGGAUCCAUCAGAAACCAGUGGGGUUGUUGAAUGUUGAAGGUUACUAUAAUUCGUUAUUGUCUUUUAUCGAUAAGGCUGUUGAUGAAGGCUUUAUCUCUCCUAUUGCACGUCGAAUAAUCGUGUCUGCUCCAACAGCCAAAGAGUUGAUCAGAGAACUUGAGGAACAUGUACCAGAGAAGGAUGAAAUAAUAUCGAAGUUGAUAUGGGAGGAUGAAAUUCAAAGAUACAAUUAUGCACCUGAAUCUACUGUUCCUACAUGAAAAAAAAAUGUUACUUUUUUUAUUAUAGUAUAUGGUUUUGGGAUUUAGAAAAUUUCAGUAUACAAGUAUGGAAGGGAAAAAAAAAAUAUAGCAUCAGUUUUUUGUGGAAUUGUGGAUGUCCAAAUAGCUUAGGGCAUUAUGCUUUAAAAGGAAUAUAAAGUUUUUGUGGAUCUGAUGAAGGUUCAUUUUGUUCAAGGCACUAUGCUUUUUGUGCAUGUUUACCAAGUAGUGUAAUUCUAUAUAAUAUAUGUGCUUUAGUUAUUCCGAUAAUGGUUGAUUGAAUAUCUGAA